AUGGAAGAAACAAGCGAAUCCCUAAUCACAUUCCACAUUGACACUUUAGACGGCAUUUCAAUACCAAUCACGACUUUAAAUUCAAUUUCCAUACUAGCACUUAAGCAAAAAAUCCUUGACAUCACAGGAAUCCCAAUCGAAAAAUUACGGCUUAUUUAUAAAGGAAGACAUUUAAAAGACAAUGAAAUAAUAAAUUAUUUUGAUAUCACUACCAAGCUCCAGCUUGUAGCCAAUCUUAAUGAGGAAGAAGAUAUUCCUUCUAUGGUCUCCCAUUACAACUUUCUGCGAACUUUGAGAGUUUAUAGAAGAUUAAGCCGAUUUUCUCGGCCAGAACUGUCAACUCCUUAUUUAUAUGAAGCUUUACGUCAAAAUUCUCUGACAAUUGAUGACUUGAUCAGGAUAAAUAGCUUUUCUUUAGAAGGAAGAGCUCUCCAGGAAGGGCAAUGGGUUGAUGUCAAAGACACUGUAGGGCAAUGGCUUGAGGCUCAAGUAAUGAGGAAGCAGCAAAAUGCUCGAGGGGUUUUUGUGUAUAUUCAUUAUAAUGGAUGGCCUAAUAGAUGAGAUGAGUGGAUUGAUAUGAAAUCGAAAAGGAUUAGACCUUUCAGGUCAAAAACUCUGCAGACUUUAAAUAUGGCAUCGAGAUCUCCAUUUCCAAGAUAUCCACCAGAAAUAACUAUCAAUGAGGAAAAUUUGAUGGAAAAACUAAAUUUAAAAGCAUGCUUGUAUAUGGAGUUUAUCGAGGAAAUGGUAAAAAAUGCAAAGAUUUUGGCAAGAAUCGGGAAAGAUGGGUGUGAGGAAGCUAAAGAAAGAAUUGAGGAAAUUACUUUGCAGAGUGCACCAGUGAUUGAUAGGAUUGGGAGGUUUAUGUGUGAUUUUAGCCUUGCUAUUAGCAGAAGUGAAUUUAAUCCAAGCAGUUUUCAGUUGUAA